UUUGGUCAUUUUCCCUCUCUAAACCCCUCAAAAUUCUUGCAACUACAAGCACUAUAGGUGUUCAUAAUUCAUAAGAGUGAACUUCAGACUCAUUUAACUGAUAUUUAUUCUUCAGGGGUACAGAAUGGCUAUCAACUCGAGGACGGAAUUGCCGGGAGAUAGACUGAAUUCGAGAGCACUCAACUUGCACAACAUGCCAAAAAAACCUGUUGCAUCAAUCAGCAAACAACAGACUCCACUUGAUCUCUUACGUACACUAUAUGAGGGAGCUAUAGCUGGAGCUGCUGCUGGUGUUGUUGUAGAAGCUGUUCUGUAUCCUAUUGAUACAAUUAAAACUCGACUACAAGCAGUUCGUGGUGGGGGACAAAUCAUUUUGAAAGGUCUUUAUUCAGGAUUGGCUGGAAAUCUUGCUGGUGUAUUACCAGCAUCGGCAAUAUUUGUUGGUGUAUAUGAACCUACCAAGAGAAAAUUGCUGGAGAGCUUCCCUGAAAAUCUUAGUGCCUUAGCUCAUUUGACUGCAGGUGCUAUAGGCGGAGCUGUUUCUUCUAUUGUCCGUGUACCCACUGAGGUAGUUAAGCAAAGGAUGCAGACUGGCCAAUUUGCUUCUGCCCCUGAUGCAGUCCGACUAAUUGUUGCUAAGGAAGGGUUUAGAGGCCUUUAUGCUGGUUAUGGCUCUUUUCUACUGCGAGACUUACCUUUUGAUGCAAUCCAGUUUUGUUUAUACGAGCAACUGCGGAUGGGAUAUAAGUUAGCUGCAAAAAGGGACCUUAAAGAUCCUGAGAAUGCAAUGAUUGGUGCCUUUGCAGGUGCAAUAACGGGAGCCAUAACUAUUCCCCUUGAUGUGAUAAAAACCAGAUUGAUGAUUCAGGGUUCAACAAAGCAGUAUGAAGGCAUUUUGCAUUGUGUUAGCAGUAUUGUAAAAGAAGAAGGAGCCUCCACUCUUUUUAAGGGAAUAGGGGCAAGAGUACUUUGGAUAGGUAUUGGAGGAUCCAUAUUUUUUGGUGUUCUUGAAAAGGUAAUUGUUGCUACAAGACCGGAAAUAGUUCUCUUGCAACAUUUCUUCAUUUGUCUGUGAAUUAUGGUUGGCUGAACCCUAUUGAAGAUAAAAGGGGUAUGACAUUAUGAAAUUGUAGACAGACGCAACAUAGUGAGCCACGGCCCACGGGAUUAGUGUAAUGCAGGAAGAUUUGGGUCAUUUUGCAGUUUGCCUUUUCCUUUUUCGUUUUCUUCCACAUUUUUAUUAUCAGACCUUUUUCAAUAUUCUUUGUAUUUUUCCUCUGGUGUAUUCUUCCAUUCAUUUUGUCAUUUAUCGGGGAAUUUGUAUUUGAUGAGAUUUCAUAAAUCUAUUCAUUUUAAAUUCUUCCCGCGUUA